AUGGCUGACGUAGCUGCCUUGGAGGCAGAGGUGAAGGAGUUUAAGCUUCAGCUUGACACUGUUGUAUCGAGCUUGCAGGAUGACCCCGACAACACAGAACUUCAGGCUCUCCAAACUGAACUUGAAGAAUUCAUAACAUUUACCGAAGCUUCUAUCGCUGAACAGAAGCCCGCAAACUCUGCUCCUCCCAAGGACACUCGACCCAAGGACAAUGCCCCCCGCAAGCCCGCGACUGAGGAAGUCCCUCCUCCUCUCAUGAACUUCUCGGUCAAUGACAAUGUCCUGGCCCGCUGGGUCUCCGGCGAUAACGCGUUCUACCCAGCCAAAAUCACCUCCAUCACCGGUUCCUCGGCCAACCCGGUCUACCUGGUUUCAUUCAAGUCAUAUGCAAACGUGGAAAACUUGACGGCCAAGGACAUCCGACCCAUUUCUGGCACUGAAUCUCGCAAGCGCAAGGCUGAUGGAAGUUCAGGCAGUUCGGCAUCGUCGCCCGCCCCUCCCCCCAGUGUGAUCUCCGCUGCAGCCGAUAUCAACCCCACACUGGCCACCCAGGUUCGCAACGACCAAACCAAGGGUGAUGGUCCAGCGCGCCCUGCCAAGGCACCCCGCAAGGUCAAGGCCAAUCGCGAGCUCGAGGAGGGCAAGAACAAGUGGAAAGACUUCGCUGCCAAGACCAAAGGCAAGAGCAAAUUUGGCAAGAAGGACAGCAUGUUCCGAACUGGUGAUGGUGUCAACGCACGAGUGGGUUUCACUGGCUCUGGUCAGCGGAUGCGCAAGGAUCCCACGCGAACCCGCCACACUUACCAGCAGGCCGAGGAUGAGGGCUACUAA